AUGGCUCGUAUUCUCAUCACCGGCUCUACCGACGGGUUCGGUUUCGAAGCCGCACGUCAGCUCAUCGAGCGAAAACAUCAAGUUUAUCUCCAUGCUCGUAACCAGGAGCGCGCCGAUGAAGUCAAGACGAAGCUUCCAGGAGCUGCCGGUGUUCUGAUUGCAGACUUGACCACUGUAGCAGAGACACGCAAGCUCGCUGAGGAAGCCAACGCAAUCGGUACUUUUGACGCCGUCUUUCUGAACGCGGGACUUUUCCACGGACCCUUUCGAAAGUCAGACCUUGAUGUACCGGCAAGUGUCUUUGUCAACCUCGUCUCGCCUUAUAUCUUCGCCGCUCUCCUCACGCCGCCCAAGCGUCUGAUCUUCAUCGCCUCUGUUCUGCACCACGAGGCCGAUACGAGUCUAAAGGACAUCUUCUGGUUGGAACGUGGAGAGAAAGAAUGGAAUGAAUUCGCAGCAUACUGCGACGCCAAGUUUCACAUUGUCCUUCUGGUCAAUGCUAUUGCAAGACGGUUGAAGAACACUUCAGUCAUUGCUGUGCACCCUGGAUACGUUCCUACCAAGCUUGCAGGUAAGGACGCUCCAGAGAAGAUGGAGGAUGGUAUCGAGACAUAUAUCAUGUUGGGAGAGGGUGAUUAUGAUACAAGUCUGACUGGUGUCUACUUCAACCCUAAGAAGCAGAGGGCUGAGCCUCAUGCAUUGACAGCAGAUCAAGAUAAGCAGGAGGCUGUUGUGAAGGCUUGUGAGGACCUCACUGGUGUCAAGCUUGAGAGUUCUUAA